CACAUGACUUUAUGGACAAGGAUGUGAGUCGUGUGUUGUUGCCAUGUAGACACGUCCGGAUUCACUCGUCUUAUUAAAGGAAAUAAACACCUUAAUCAGGAAAUUGACGUUUCUUAUUUGCUUAUUGCAGUCAUAUCUGCGGUGCUGUCGCUUACUUGUGUUAUUUCAAUGGAUUUUAUUCGUCAGUUUGGAGUUGUGCUUGUGAUCGCGGUGCUCUCCGGCGCGCGUGCGGACAAGCCACAGAUCGACCCGCUGAUAUACGAGGAGCAGCUGCUGUGGGUCGGCGGUGGAGCCGGUGAGGUCAACACUUACAGGAUCCCUCUGCUGACCUUCACGACGCGUGGAAGUUUGCUGGCUUUCUCUGAGGCCAGGAAAAUGUCCUCCGGUGACAUCGGUGCGAAGUUCAUCGCAAUGAGAAAGUCCACUGACAAAGGAGCCACCUGGUCUCCCAUCACCUUCAUAGUGGACGAUGGUGAUCUAGUAGAUGGGCUGAAUCUAGGUUCGGUCGUUGUGGAUGAAGAGACUGGCGCUGUGAUACUCAUCUACUCGUUGUGUUUCCACCGUUAUCACUGCAAGCCUUCAAACACAAUGAUGGUGCAGAGUCUGGAUGACGGGUUCACCUGGAGCGCCCCACGAAACCUCUCGGUUGAGCUGGGGGUGAAGAGCUUUGCUCCAGGGCCUGGUUUUGGCAUACAGAAACGGUAUCCUCCCAAUGUGGGCCGUCUGGUGGUGUGUGGCCACGGAUCCAUUGCUGGCGAUGGGGUCUUCUGCAUCUUGAGUGAUGAUCAUGGUGCAUCCUGGAGAUAUGGAGCUGCUCUGAAGAGCAUCCCUUACAAUCAGCCUAAACAAGACCUGGACUUCAACCCAGACGAGUGUCAGCCAGUGGAACUGGAGGACGGAAGUAUAGUCAUCCAUGUGCGCAACCAGAACAACUAUCACUGCCGCUGUCGAAUAAUAGUGCGGAGUCUGGACGGAGGCGAGACUCUUCCUGUGGAGGAGCUGGUGUUUGACAAAGCCCUGAUCGACCCCGCCGUCGCAGCUGGAGCCCUGCAGAAACAAGGAGUGAUGUACUUCACCAAUCCCUCCAGCACUCAGCACAGGAUCAACCUAACUCUUCGCUGGUCCUUCUCUGAUGGGAAGUCAUGGGAAAAGCAGGCCGUCCAGAUCUGGGCGGGGCCAAGCGGUUAUUCCUCUAUGACAUCACUCAAGGGAGAUUCUCCUGAGGACAGCAACUACAUUUAUGUCAUUUAUGAAAAGGGCCAUAAAGAUUACUGGGAGACCAUCUCUUUUGUCAAAAUCCAUCUAUACGGAGGGAAAUAACGUACAGCUAGAGGAGCCAAGAAAAAGGGAUAUUUAGGAAUUUUUUAAUUAAUGUGAGAAAGCCAAGGUAUCAUCCUGAUGUAAAGUAUUUUUACAUUUCUUCAGAUUAAAUCUGGUCUGGUUUUAUAUGAAUUUCACUCCAGAAAGAAUCAAGACUUCCUGCUUCAGUGUGAGAUUGAUCUAUACAGCAAUAUAAUACAAAAACAACCAUGAUUGUAACCACUUUUUUUUACCUGUCAGAGCACAAAACUUUUUGUAUGUCUUGAAGUUCUCAUAAUAACGUUGUGCAGCUGGUGAGCUGCAUGCUGGUCUCGCAUGUGUUUUUGGGACAAUUUGAUGGUUUUUAAAACACUCAGGCGCUGAUUGUCUUGCUGAUCAAUGUAUUUCUUCUUUUAUUUUUGCGUUGUUUUCAAUAAUGUAAAUGAAGUGAAUCUUCAUGAAGCUUGAGAUGGUUGUUUCCUGCUGUAUAACAUCGAUUGAUUUGUAAGUCUUGAAUUAAUGUUUUGAAGACAGAAGUGUGAUUUCAUUUGAAUUAUCUUGAGGUGUUUCUCCAAUCCCUGGUGUUGCUUAAAUUAAUGAAGGCCUCUAAAUGACUAACACAACCUGAAAGACACAAGGGUUUGAGACACAUAGACACUCUAAGCAAAUCAGUGUUUGUCCUCCAAAUGAUACAACUGUGAAGUCAGGAAAGCCCAUUGUAUAUUAAACUGUGUCAUUUAUUUACGCAGUCUGGCCUUUUUGUGGCAAUAGAUGUUGUACAUUUAGAUGUCAGACAAUUAUUUUGGUAACAUCUUACUGUAAGUGAAUUUUAAAUAAGUACAUGCAAGUUUGUGUUAGGAGUCAACCAAAAGGCUUUCACUUAAUUACAUUUCAUAUUAACAUUUUUGACCUUUGACACUUUUUUGCUAGAUUCAACCCAUCAACACAGGGAUACAUUCUGUUGUUCAAUAAAUGUUUCUAUUUUGAUACAGCA